AUGGACAAGCUAAUCGUUAAGAGAAACGUCAUCGAAGGACGGCUGCGUAGGACCGAAGAACGUAUCGAAGCUGGCGGCGGCAUCAACAGCAUUGAUGGCCUUAAUGCUGAACUGGGGUGCAUCCAGGAGCUAUGGCAAGACUUUCGAGCUAUCCAACAGGAGAUUCUCGAGUCCUGCAUGGAUGUUCCCAGUUUGGAGGAGCAUCUAGAUGCCGAAGCGGAUUUGGUGGCACGGUUCAACGCAGCGAAGGCCGUUCUAAACGGCAGAGUCCGCGCUCUACUGCGGACGGAGGAGAAGAGGGAACCGGAACCAAGCGAUGGUGAACCCGAACUUCCGACCAAUGCUGACGAGAGCUUUUCGUCAUCAUUAGGUAAUCGGGCACCGAUCGCACCGGAACCUGCAAUACUAAACGCGACGAACGUACCGGGCACGGAGCAGGAGGCACCCAUACGUCGGUCGCCAACAAGUGUGCGGCUAGCUACCCCGGAGCUGCAUCUGCCGAAGGGUAUUUUGCCGACGUUUUCGGGCGAAUACGGAGAGUGGUCAUCAUUCUACGACCUGUUCAUCAGUGCAGUGCAUAACAACCACAACCUUACCCGAGCUCAAAAAUUAUUUUAUCUAAAAACGUACACCUCGGUACCAUCCGGGCAUUCCCUUCGGAGGCUGUUCGACACGGCGGAUGAUAUCAUUCGAGCCUUGACCGCGCUUAGCAGGGAGGAAAGGGACUGCUGGUUGAUUCAUCUGCUACUGAUGAAGGUGGAUGUAGAUACCCGGCAAACAUGGAUCGACCGCACCGCAUCAUUCGAAUACCCCGCUACGAUGGAGGAGUUUCUGGUGUUUAUCGACCAACGGGCCUACGCAUUAGAAACAGCUCACAAUUCAUCAUUUCGCACUACUACUGGUGCGACUCCACGACCUACGGUGGGCGGAAAAUUAGUGGGAAGACAACGGAUGCAAAGUUACGUCGCUACUGAUUCAGAGAGACUCCAAACCAUUCGGCAACUGGGGUCGUGUACCAAUUGCCUGCGCACAGGCCAUGGAACGGAGCCAUGCGGCGCGGGAAAAUGUAAGCGGUGCAACCAGAGUCAUCACACGCUUCUGCACGACAGCCUGGUGCCAACUCAGGUGCACCUGUCUUUCGGAACGGUGAACCAUGUCGCGGCGGACCACUUCUCAUCCGUAAUUCUCGCUACAGCCGUCAUUUGGGUCAAGAGCGCCACCGGAGAACGCGUCCCAGCUCGAGCCCUUCUGGAUUCCGGUUCACAGGCAUCUUUUGUUACGGCCAGCCUCGUGGAACGACUGCAAUCGCGAACCUGUCGCAUCGACAUUCCUCUGAAAGGAAUCUCCGGAAUGGCAACCAAGCUGCGCAAGGCCGCUUCGCUCACUAUCGGAUCCCGACACUCCAGCUUCGAGGCAACCAUCGAGUGUGCUAUUUUGGAAACAAUUUCUGGCCGCUUACCGAACCAAGUAUGCGACGUAAGCGGUUGGGGAUUGGAACCAGGGCUGCCACUUGCGGACGAAAAUUUCCAUAUUCCAGCGAACAUCGACCUGCUUAUCGGGGCCGGAGUCUUUUACAAGCUUCUGGAAAGCAACCGAAUUCCACUUGGGCCGUUCAAGCCGGUCCUCCAACAAACCGUAUUGGGUUGGGUGGUGGCCGGUGAGUGUUACACCGGAAGGCCGGAAAACCCAACCGCACUCAGUCUGAUUACUACGUUACCAUCCGAUGAAACACCGCUUUCGUUAAAUCAGAUGGUCGCACGGUUCUGGGAGCUAGAGACCUUAGUUCCACAGCCAAUCCUCUCCGAUGAAGAACAGCGGUGCGAAGACCACUAUCGACUACAUACUACCAGAGAUCACACUGGUAGAUAUGUAGUCAAACUUCCCUUUAAACGAGACCCGGUAGAGAUGGCCGAAACGGGAUACGAGGCGCUGCAGCAAUUCAACGCACUUUGCAGGCAACUACAAAGGGAUCCAGAGAAGAGGAAACUUUACGAAGAUUAUAUCAACGGGUUUAUCACCGCGGGCCACAUUAGUCGUGCGGCUCCACUAACGAAGGCUCAACGGCUAAUAUAUCUGCCACACCAUGGGGUCCAGAAGGAGAGUACCACCACUAAGCUCCGGGUGGUGUUCAAUGCAGCGAUGAAAGCCAAGAAUGGUGUUGCGCUGAAUGACCUGCUUAUGACGGGGCCGGUAAUACAAAAAUCACUGUACCACAUACUGCUCAACUUCAGACGGCAUCCAGUGGCUCUAACGGGGGACAUCGAAAAGAUGUACCUCCAGGUCCGUGUUUCAUCAGAGGACAGUGAGCGAUUGAGAAUGAUCUGGCAAGAGCCGGGUCGCAAGGUGGCGGAAUACUGUAUGAAUACAGUAACAUUCGGUUUGACGUGCGCACCAUUCUUGGCGACCAGGACGCUAAAACAGCUCAUCAUCGAUGAAGGCCCAGAUUUUCCCGUGGCUCAAGAGUGUAUAGACGAUUUCUACAUGGACGACUGCCUGACCGGGGCGGCUUCCAUGACAGCGGCUAGGCAGAAAAGAGAGCAGCUGACGGCAAUGCUGGCAAGAGGCGGUUUUCCGAUCCGGAAGUGGGCCUCCAACGAACCGGCAGUUCUUGAAGGAGUACCUCGAGAGGACUGCGCCACGGAGAUGGCGUUAGACUUUGAACCCGACGCUACUGUUAAAACACUCGGAAUCAGAUGGCAGUGUCGCGGAGACAUAUUUAUCUUCGAAGCUAAUUUCGACGCUUACCAGGAGAGCUACACCAAGAGGCAGGUUCUAUCCACGAUCGCCAAGAUAUUUGAUCCACUCGGCUUGAUCGGACCAGUCAUAACCAUAGCGAAAGCAUUCAUGCAGGAGAUUUGGAAGAUCAGCUGUGAUUGGUCCGAUCCACUGCCGCCUAGCUUUAAUCAACGAUGGCGGAUGUUCCUGACUCAUUUGGGAGAAGUUUGGCGAGUGAGAGUCCCUCGGCGCAUAUUAAGCAUCGAUCAACCUACCCGCCUAUUUCUGCAUGGAUACUGCGACGCUUCGGAGCUAGCAUACGGAGCGGUGGUCUAUCUGCGAGCGGUCGACAACAGAGGCAACACCAGUUCCAGGCUGUUGUGCUCGAAAUCAAAAGUAUGUCCAAUCAACCGACCCACCAUUCCGAGAAGUGAGCUGUGUGCGGCUGCCCUGCUGGCCGAGCUAAUAAGGACGGUCAAAGAUAACCUUCGCAUGGAGAUUCAUAAAACAGUAGCUUUCAGCGAUUCAAUGACCACGUUAGCGUGGAUUUCGGGAGACCCUUCAAGGUGGAAAACCUUCGUCGCGAAUCGGGUGGUGCAGAUCAACGAGGUCCUACCGGCGAUUAACUGGCGUCACGUUCCUACAAAACAAAACCCGGCGGAUCUCUUGAGUCGUGGAGCAGCCCCUGUGACGUUGGCAAGCAACAAGUUGUGGUGGUGUGGUCCAUCCUGGGACCCGGAGGAAACCAGUGAGGUACCAAGUGUACACCUUACCCCGGCCGAAGAACGCUCCGUGGAUAAGGAGCAACGAAAGGUAUAUCCAGCGCAGGCGUACUUCGUCAGUGAAAGCGAGACGCUUGACCAUCUCCUGAACAAGUAUUCCAGCACAGUGCGGCUGUUCAGAGUGUUGGCGUGGAUUCAUCGCUUCGUGGACCACUGCGAAAUGCCACCGGAAGAUCGAACGUCGGGACCCCUAACGGUUGAAGAAAUCCAGGGGGCAGAACGUAAGCUGAUACGGUAUACUCAGCAUCAAGCCUACGACGCUGAAAUCACCGCGCUGCAAAAGGGAGACUCGCUGCCAGAGAAGAGCAAGCUGUGGCCGUUGACACCGUUUUUGGACGGAGGACUGCUCAGGGUGGGCGGCAGACUGGCUAGAUCGAAUUUGCCGUACGAAGCGAAGCACCCUUGGAUUCUACCACCGGAAAGUAAGCUGGUGAGACUUAUUUUUCAACAAGCGCAUGUUCGAAACCACCACUUAGGAGCGCAGGCGCUUCUAGAUCACGUCAGGCGUACCUUUUGGGUUCCUAAAGGACGAAAUCUAGCCAGAAACACAGUCUGGAACUGCGUUCCUUGCUUCAAGGCGAACCCAAAUCGAGGCAUAGUGCAGCAGGUUAUGGGCCAACUUCCCCCAGAACGACUACAGCAAUCACCACCAUUUUUCUACUGUGGCGUAGACUACGGCGGUCCAAUCAACAUCGUGGAACGACGAGGCCGAGGCGCGAGCACUAGCAAAGGCUACAUCGCUCUUUUCGUAUGCUUCGCCACGCGGGCCGUGCACAUCGAGGCGGUGAGCAAACUAACGACGAAAGCAUGCUUGGCGGCGUUUAGGCGAUUCAUUGCGCGGCGAGGCGUAGUCGGCCACGUCUACAGUGAUAACGGCACCAAUUUCCAAGGCGCGGCCAAAGAAAUGCGGGAUUGGUACCAAAAAAUACAAUCCCCGGACCACAAUCACCGUAUGGCAAACUUUCUGGCAGGGGGAGGAACGCAAUGGCACUUCAACGUCCCGGGCGUACCGCACAUGGGCGGUCUCUGGGAGGCCGGCAUAAAAAGUGCAAAAAGGCAUCUCAACAUCGUUGCGGGGAAUGCUAAGCUGACCUUUGAAGAAUUUAGCACUCUGCUGACGGAAAUCGAGGCGAUACUAAAUUCCAGACCGCUGUCCCCUCAAACAAGUGAUCCGAAUGAUCUAAGACCGUUAACUCCGGGACAUUUUCUGAUCGGCAGGCCAAUCAUCGAAGCAAACGAAGGUGCGCAAUACCCGAAUAGCGCAGACUUACCCUACGACGUGAGGUUCAAAUACGUAACUCAGCUGAAAAAUCAUUUCUGGGAAAGGUGGAGCCGGGAAUACAUCCCGGAGUUAAUGGUCAAAGGAAAAUGGCAAAGACCCCUGAACCCGCUAAAGGAAGAAGAUCUGGUGCUGAUCAGGUCAAAAAAUCUGGUGGUGGCGCAAUGGAGACUCGGAAGGAUUGUCAAACUUCAUCCAUCGCCUGACGAUCGUCCGAGGUUGGCAACGAUAAAGGUACAGUCGGCGGAAAUUGUACAAACCGUGCACAAUUUAAGUAAAAUUCCCAUCAAUAGAGAGGAAAAUUAA